AUGGCAGAAGUAUUCGGCACCGUCGCGAGUGCACUCGCCGUGGCGGAGCUCCUAGUCAAAAGCGUGUUCAAGAUCAAAAAGUUGUGGGACGAAGUGCAGGAUGUACCCGAGGAAAUCAACCGGCUCAUAAAAGAACUUGAGCUCCUCAGCCCGGUUAUAGGAGCGGUGGAGGCAGUAUAUGAACAGCAGAAACACCUCCCCUUAGGCAGCAUCGCAGGUCCAAUAAUAUUGGCUUGUCGCGAAGUAGUCGGGCAUUUGGAGACUCUGUCAGCCGAACUUCAAGAUCAGAUAUUCACCGCGAGAAGGCCCUUGAGAAACAUUACAAAACUCAAAGUGACCUUUAGGAAAGACUGGAUCCGAGUUCACCAGGAAAAGCUCAAGUCUAUAGUCAAGGCGUUGUCUCUUUCUCUGCAGGCACACUCAGUUUCCCAGCAGACACAUAUCAUCACCCUGUUAGAGUCUAGGCCACCGGUACAACUUACUCAAAUCGUUCAUGUUCCUCAACCAGGUCUACCUGGGGCAUCUACGGAGUCUCAUGGCACUGGCGAUAAGGGAGCGGCAAGAAAGACAUCAGACCAGGAUCUCAUGGUUCAAUAUGACCCAUCACAGCCCAAGCCCAAACCGGUCGCAUGGCAGCCAGCGUCUCUCUUCGGUAACUUUAUUUAUCAGACAUCUACUCAACCAGAACAUGCGAACACACAAAUACACCAGCUUCGAGUCCAGCUUCCAUGGUGGAUGUCAAAGAAGGCAUGGGAUUUUGAUGCCUACAGGAUUAAUACAGGUUGGACAAUGUCACUCAACCCUUGGGCCACGCGCCCAGACGACGCCCCGAUAUUUCGACUAAUAGCGGAUGGCUCGUGGACUGAAAUUUUGCAGCACAUGAAAGAGAAUCAUGCCUCUUUCUGGGAUCGCAGAGAGGACGGAAGCACACUGUUACAUGAAGCAUUACGCUGGGGCCGCGUUGAUAUAGCCGCAAACCUGGCUAGAGUGGGCCUAAGUGUCGAAGAUUUACGUAUUCGAGAGCGCGGCCCCUUGUUGGAAGCGAUGAAGCCGUGGAGAAACUUGCCAACAAACGACCCAAAGGUGAUGGAACUAUUCAGGUUCAUCGCUUCCCGCGGAUGUCUAGAUGAUGCAGUUCAGCACGCAAUGGCUCCCAGACGCAGCAUUUUUUUCAACCCGCUAGUGGACUACAUCUGGUGCAUUCCCGGUCUGUUUUCCCUCUUAGUCCAAGAAGGGCUACCGGAAGGCCACCGACUUUCACUACAGGACCGAUUUGCUUCUCUCCAAUGGAUAAUCGUCGACCCUCAAGUCCUUUCCUACGAGCUACGCUGCGGACCAGGCGUAGAUCCGGCUGCUUUUAGAGCAACGGUCAUGUCUAGAAUGAAUUGGGCUUCUCUGAUUGAGUUCGCCAUCCAAUACUUUCGUCACUCUUUCGAUGACACUUACAACGCAUAUCCCUCCGAGAAGUUUGAAAAGUUUGUGGACAAUCACAAGUUCCGGUACUGGAGAGAACUGGCACGAUGGAUCUUUACAGAUAUAACGAUCGAGCAACUUAGCCAGGAGCAUGCCGUGGGCUUCAGGGGUCUGAUUGCUACACCCCUUUUGGUGGGACUGAUGGAGUAUUAUUCCGACUACGAGUCGCCCCGAGAGAAACGUCUCAUGUUGCGUCGUAUGUCACGAGCUAUGACGAUGUGGCUUGAAGAUGUUCAAUCUUCAGGCGUAAAUUUGUUAGAAUACAGCAGGCAUGAGCUCUGGUUAUACGAGACGAAUCAUCCGCUAAAGGAUAUCCGAUGGGGAGGAAAUGGCCUGGAAGACUGGGUAGAUAUUCACCUCGCCAGCCUUCAACCCUGGGGACCCCAACUGGCGUCUUUCGGUUUUGGGCCCCGGCCAGAAGACUGGAAACUACAAUGGGAUCUUGCUGCCGAGGAAUGUGCGGGGGACUUUUGGCACCUGAUUGAUAACCCGCAUCUGCAUGUUCCUGGAGAAUGGGUGGAUGAUGAUGGAGAAAUAGCGGGAAGUGAAGCAGAGGAGGAUGAUUGGGUCAAGUAUAAGUGGAUGUGGGAUGAUGAGUAG